CGUGGAGCUCCGGAGAGUCACUCAACAGGAGACAAGAGACAAGACAACAUUUAAUUGGUUCAGCGAACAUAACAGGGUUUGCUUUACUCGCACCUGGAAGUACCUGAUAUGCACCAAAUGAUGGAGGAGCAAUUGAAAAAUUCACCUUUUUGGAUGUGAAGACAUAUCAGCAGAGAUCUGCCUCCUCAUCCUUUUUCCUGUGCUCACCUUCAACAUGACUUCACUAUCGGGGUCCAAGGAGAGAUCUGUGGCCGGCCGGGGCAGGAAAUACACAAUGCCUGACACAUCCCCUACUAAAUCGGCCUCUUUUUUCCCGGACACUUGGUACCGUAAGACGUAUGAUGAAACCACCCGGUCCAGCUCUCGUCCCGCCCCAGAGGGUGCUGGUUCUAUGCCCAGCUCCACGGGCACACCAUCCCCUGGCUCGGGGAUUUCCUCACCGGGAUCCCUCUCUGGAUCACCGGGGACCAUCUCGCCGGGGAUUUGCACCGGCUCUCCCGGGUCUCUCGGCGGUUCCCCGGGUUUCGGGACGGGCUCCCCGGCCUCAGGCAGCGGAAGUUCUCCUGGGAGCGAAAGAGGGAUUUGGUGUGAGAACUGCAACACAAGGCUGAAGGAGUUGAAAAGACAAGCGCUAAAGCUUCUAAUCCCAGGACCUUACUCCAGCAAGCAUGACACUUGA